AUGUCGCUACAAUUUUUGAGCGACAAAGAGACGCUGCCGUCUCAAUCACAUCCCGCUCCGGUGCUUUCCGUCUGCUGGGUCCCAUCUACAUCUUCUUCUCAGAGUGUCAUUCUAUCAGGAGACUGCCAGGGGAAUAUCAGGGUAUUCAAUGCACAGUCGGCACUCAGUUAUCGCUCUCUCCCAAAACCUCACUCGAACGCUGUCCACUGCAUAACGACGAACGCUGCAGGCACCUUAGCACUUUCCAAUGCCAUUGAUGGCACCGUCGCGUUAUGGAGUCUGUCGCCAUUCGCAAAGUUACAGGCACAAGACCAAGCCGACGGUGAUGCUGUAGGAGCAGAAACAGCCUCCAAUGAGCCUGCACUGCUUCCUUUGCCUGUCGAUGACGCGUCUCAACUGCUUGUGGGCACUAUCGAUUCGCUUGCAUCUCAGUCGACGCCGCGAGCAAAGCUGUCCGAAGCAUGGAAAACUGCUCUCCAUCCCACCUCGCCUCUAUUCGCCUCAGUUGGAGCAGGUGCAAGCAUCUCACUACACUCCUUGCCCACCAACCACUCUUCCGCGCUCGGCACACUGCUCAGCGUCGCACCCCUUCCCUCUAGCUUGGAAAGCAAGAGAGACGUCUUUGGACUGUCACUCGCCUUCCACCCUUCCGGCACCCUUCUCGCUGUCGGCACAAAUAUCGGUCAAACCCUACUCUAUUCUGUCUCUUCUCCUUGCUCGCACGAACCACUAUUGACCUUCGUAUCGUCAUAUCUUGAUCAUCCAUCGCCCAUCCGAGCGGUUUCCUUCACGCAGAACCUACUGCUCUGCGGGUCUGACGAUCGCACCAUCACGGCCCAUGAUGUGAAACCAAUCCUUUCGCCCUCUCAGCACUCGUAUCAACCGGAUGGUGAGGUUGAGAGGAUAGGUGGCUCUGUGGCUUCACUUGCUGGUCACAAGGGCUGGGUGCUGGCGCUGGAUUCGGUACAAGGAGGGGAGGCAAAUGUGUUUGCAAGUAUCGGGGCCGACAAGAGCAUCAAAUUUUGGGAUCUAACGUCUGCGACCAAAAGUACACCUGUUUGGAACGGCGGUGAAGCGCAUCCGAUCAGAGCGUUUGCUUUUCAAACAACGUCAUCGGGCCAAGUGACAAAGUCGCACAGUGAAGAUCAGCACGAUAGUCAUGCAGCAGCAAUCGCCGCGGCGACUAGUUCAAUGACGCGUUUUGUCACCGCUAGCGAAGAUGGCAAAUUGCGCUGGUAUAGAGGCGCUGGUCUCGGUUGA